AUGGAGAACACUAGACAAAGAGUGUGUCCGGUUAAAGAUGACUUUCCUUAUAAGGUCGAGCUUCACGUCCAUUUAGACGGGACAUUCCGAUUGGAGUCCAUUUUAGAUAUCGCCAAAAAGCGGAAUAUCCCACUUCCUGCAGCAGACCUGGACGGUUUUCGAAAGAAUAUUUCCGUGUACCACGCGCUGUCACUCUAUAAAGUUCUCAAGUCCUUCACAGUCUUUAUGCCCGUCGUUGCGGGUGACCGUGAUGCAAUUUCAAAACUUGCUUACGAGUUCUGCGAAGACAGUGCAAAGAACGGUAUCAAGUAUGUCGAAGCGAGAUACUCCCCACACCUCUUAUCCAAUAACGAGGAGAAACCUGAAUACGCGUUGGAGCACGGUGAUCUUACGCCACGGGAAAUAGUAAAGAUAAUAAACGAGGCAUUUGCGAAAGGCUCCAAAGAUUACAACAUCCGAGUGAAGAGUAUAUUAUGCUGCAUGAGGCAUAGGCCAGAUUGGUCCGACGAAUUGGUUAAUUUGGCGCAUGAAUACAGGCAGGAAGGAGUUGUCGCAGUAGACAUUGCAGGAGGCAGUAAUCACCAUGACGAUGUAGAAGAAGUUCAUCCGGACCACAUCAAGGCGUUUAAGCGCGCAAAAGAUCUUGGCUUGCAUAUAACUGUACAUGCGGGGGAAGCUGGCGGAGCUGACAGAGUGAAACAGGCCAUUGAUGAAAUGAAUGCGGAGCGUAUCGGUCACGGGUACCGAGUUUUGGAGAAUGAAGAUUUAUAUGCCGAGAUAAGGCGCCGGGGAAUACACUUGGAGACUUGUCCCAUCUCCAGUAUAUGCACGGGUGCAGUGCCAGAGGACGUUCACAAACACCCAGUGGUCAGGUUUGCCCAUGACAAGGCCAACUUUUCCAUUAACUCCGACGACCCAUUGGUGUUUGAUAGUUGCCUGUUUGAUGACUACAAGGCGACCAGAGAAAUGGGACUUGAUGACUCCUACAUCCGUAUUGCCAUUUUUAAUGCAGCGAGAUCAUGUUUUUCCAGCGAUAAAGAAAAGGCAGACAUCCUGAAAGAACUCGAGGAUGUCUAUGGAAAACAAUGAACACUCUCCUGAUUGUUUAAACGGAGUGUAUGUGGACUAGACGCAAUAGUGUACCAAGGUUGCAGCGAACAAAAAAAUAAACAUUAUUUGAUGAAAUUAUUUCCAUAACGAUACUAUAGAAACAUCAUUGGAAUUGUUGCGAUUUGUCCAACGAAUUCUGCGUAUCUUCCACGUAUGUGUUUUAGACUUGAUGUUCGCUAAAUGCACCAUGCU